GGCAGUGCUAGUGAUUUUGGUGGCGGCGGUUGCCUGGCAUCGUCACGUUACUGGGAGCACGAGAAAAAAAAGCAUAUGCCCGAGUCCGGUUGGAGGCGCGCAGGCUCGGCGCUCGUAGGAAUCCGUUUGGCCCUGUCCGUCCUGCCCAAGCCACACACGCCAUGGCCACGAUCAGAUUGCAGAACCAAACGGAGUAAGCAUAGACAUGCCGGUACUACUUCAGACCAGGAAAGGGACCCGAAACGUCGAGAGGUCAAGAAUCGUCUGGUGCCAGGCUAAUGGCAUCGGCGAUCACAUCGCGGGCGUUUGCAGUGGUCCCGCGCAGGAGCAGCCGCAACCCCACGAUCGAGCGGUCUAGGCGGAAACAUGGACAAAAGCACCGGAAUCGUUUCGCCAGCCGUGAAGAGAGAGAGGCUGUGUGUGUUUGUGUGUGUAUGCGUGCGUGCCAGAAGCAUGAAAACUGCCUUACGCGUCCACAGGCGGUCUACCUGUAACGCGCCCACGUAUAGAUCUGGACCGAGGCUCCUGCAUGAGGGCGGGCCUGUCGGGAAUCUCGACCUGUCAACUGUGCAAUCUGGAUUCGAUUUACGAUUGCCGUUAGCGGCUCAUGUUUACUAUCCCCUCUUCGCGUUGUGUACAAGGAUGUUAGACUCAAGGGGAAGAGGGGGAGGGGGGGAGGGGGGCGGCGGUCAAUAUCGAGGCAGCAUGUCUUUGUCAAGCCUCGAGUUGAGAGACACAAGUCAGCACCA